AUGUUGCGCACAUGGAGCAAGUUGGGGAACCAUUCACUGCGCAUGCCUGCCUUGCGAUUCAUCUCCGCAGCGCUCCUCGUGCUCGCCUUCUCCGCCGCUUCCGUCCAUUUCUACCUGCUUUCGCUGACGGGCGGCGACCUCGAAUGGAUCAAGCAGCACAUGGGCACGCUCGGCGUCGAGCUUGUGCUCAGCGUGCUGCUGUACAGCGCCGCCAUCACGCUCGUCUACACGCUGCGGCUGCCGAGGGCCUGGCGGCUCGUGCUCGGCGUUAUUCUUGUGGUCAAGCUGGCGCUGGUGCGCGCAGCCGACCGGGGCGAGUCCUUCGCCCGGCACGGCAACUACAACAUGAUCCUCUUCGUCGUCCUCGCCGUGCCGCUGAACCUCGUGGUGUUCGCCACGGUCCUGCUUUACCGGAGCACGCGGCAUUUCUGGCGCAUCGCCGGCGCCUUCGUCGUCUCGCUGCUGCUGCUCACCAGCGUGUCGCUCGUCCGUCAGAGAGCGCGCUGGAGAGCCGGAUUCCUCGGGCGCGGCUACCAGCCCGAUGCGGCGGCGUGUCGGCUCCCAGAGCUGUCCCUGCCGUCCAUCGACUUCGAUGCGCGGCUCACGCAGCACGACGCCCUCCUGACCAUCGACGGAUGCCCGCCGGGCCUGCCGGUUUCAUAUGACGUGCUGCCCGACACGCGCAGCUGGCCCGCGUCUGAGAAGAAAGAGUAUGUAUUGAACCGGAUGAUUGUCCAGCGCACGGUGCGGCGCGAGUAUACCGGCCGGGUGCGCCUCGACGUGCGGUCGACCGAGACGGUCAUUGCGAGAUGCGGCCACGAGGAGAAGCUGCUGCUGCGCGUCGCCCGCACGCUGCCGCCGGCGCGCGUGAGCCAAGGACGGACCGAGACGCAGCGGCCUAACAUACUGCUACUCUCCUUCGACGCCGUGUCCCGCCGGGGCUUUCACCGGCGGCUGCGGCGCACAUCCAAGCUGUUGGAGGAGCUGCACGAGCCUGGCCGGCGUCAGCUCUACCAGUUUUUCCGCUCGCACGCCGUCGGCUUCAACACCGACGACAACAGCCGCAGUAUGUACACGGGAACAAUACGGCGCAGCGGCGUCGACCCUGUCUGGCAGCAGUUUCGCGACGCCGGCUACGUCGUUGCCCACACCGACACCUCGUGCCAGGAUUGGUCGUCCCAGUAUGAGGACCGCAACACGUCCAUAACGGCCGUGGACCAUGAGAUGCUCGGGCCGGCAUGCUGGCCGCCUUACUUUGCGCUCCGAAGUAACCCAUAUGGCAACUUCAACGGGCCCUUCAGCAUUAGGCGCCGCUGCGCCUUCGGAGACUACGUGCACGCCUGGAACUUUGAUUUCGCCCGCCGAGUCCGCGACGCGUACCCCGACUGGCCCUCGCUGCUCUCAGUCAACUUCAUCGAGGGACACGAGGGAACCGGCGAGGUCCUCGCCACCGUCGACCGUCAGCUGCACGACUUUCUCGCCGAGCUCCGCGAUGACGGCUCCCUCGACAACACCAUCGUGCUCUUCUUCGCCGACCAUGGCCUGCACAUGGGCCUCAAUUUCUCUUCACGCAAAAUGGCCGCAUCGAGCACCAGAACCCACGACGGGCUCUUGGCGAAUGAGCAGGCGCUCGUCACGCACUACAACACGCACUGCACACUGCGAGUGCUGGCCGACAUGGAGCAGUGGCCUCCGUCGCGUGACUCCCCGUACUGGGACAUGUCGCUGUUCGAGCCGCAGCCGCGGAAUCUCACGUGCGAGGCGGCCGGUAUCAGGUCGAUAUAUUGCCAAUGCGAGGAAUAG